CAUUAUUAUACAAAUAAAAUAAAUUUUGAUGAAAUUAUUUCAAGUCCUGAAUUUAUAAAAUCUGAGGAACCUUUAUAUAUUGUUGAUUUGGCUGAUAUUGUUAAUAAAUUUUUUGUAUGGAAAGAAGUAAUGCCACGAGUUCAACCAUUUUAUGCUGUAAAAUGUAAUGAUCAUCCUGUUAUUUUGAAAUUAUUAAGUGAAUUGGGUACUGGAUUCGAUUGUGCUUCUAAAGGAGAAAUUAAUCGUGUUAUGAAUUUAGAUGUUCAAUCAAAUCGUAUAAUAUUUGCAAAUCCAACAAAACCAAUUGCUCAUUUAUUACAUGCAAAACAAUAUGGUGUAUAUACAAUGACAUAUGAUGGAGAAUAUGAAUUACAUAAAAUUAAAAAAUAUUUUCCUAAUGCUAGCUUAGUAUUAAGAAUUCGUUGUGAAGCUGAAAAAGCACAAUGUCCAUUGGGUGAAAAAUUCGGUUGUGAUCCAAUCAUUGAUGCACCAAAAUUAUUAAAAAUUGCAUAUGAUUUAAAUUUAAAUGUUGUUGGUAUUUCAUUUCACGUUGGAUCUGGAUGUCAAGAUUUUCCUGUUUAUGAACGAGCAAUAGCACAUUCAAAGAGAUUAUUUGAAUAUGGUGAAACAUUAGGUUUUAAAAUGAAUUUACUUGAUAUUGGUGGUGGUUUUCCUGGGAAGAAAAAUUCAAAAAUUCUUGAAGUUGGUGGUAUCAUUAGCCGAGCCUUAAAUAAAUAUUUUCCACCAGAAGAUAAUAUAACUAUAAUUGCAGAACCAGGUCGUUUCUUUGUUGCAUCAUCACAUACAUUAAUUUGUAAAGUACAUUCAAAACGUGAAGUUGUACGUGAAAAUAAAUUAGAAAAAGUAAUGUAUUUUAUUAAUGAUGGUGUCUAUGGUUCAUUUAAUUGUAUUUUAUAUGAUCAUCAAGCUGCAACACCACAAUAUUUAAAAGAAAAUAUUAAUGAGAAAGAUGAAAAUGGCAAUAUAAUGAAAUAUAAAAGUUCAAUAUGGGGUCCAACUUGUGAUGCUCUAGAUCAAAUAUGUGAAGAAGUUUAUUUUCCAAAACUUGAAAUCGGUGAAGUUAUCAUUUUUGAAAAUAUGGGUGCAUAUACUGUACCAAUAGCAAGUGCAUUUAAUGGUUUUCCAUUACCAAAAAUCCAAUUCUUUAUGAAUAAAAAAUAUAAA